CUUUGCAUCACGCGAGUGCCCGUACUUACCACGCCUAGUGAAGUCGAGUUUAGUCAUCAUCCAGAUCACAAGGCAGUAAGACUGAUUCUCACUGGUGUCACCAUAAGUUGUUGGAAAUUUAAAUUCUUUUUGGAGGUGUUUUUGGUGGCUGGUGCGGGUUUGAUUUGAAUGAUGGGGAAGCCUGGUGUUCCUGGCCGGCCAAGCGUCGUCUUGGCUUUGGUGGUGCUGGGUCUUCUCACUGUACAGUUUGUGGGGUCUCAGACUGUCAUUCACCAAGAAGGCUACUGCGUCAUGUACGGGAAAUGUACGGCCAAGUUCAACUGCGUGAACAACACCUACGCCCCGGAAGUCACUGGAGAAGAACACGCAACACUUCUUCGUCAAGUCUGUCCUCAUCUCGCUGGAAGUCCUCGGGCAUGCUGUGACAUGGAGCAACUCGAUACACUGAAUGGUUACCUAGCUAAGAGUUUAGGUGUCUUGAAUCGGUGCCCGUCCUGCGAGGCAAAUCUACGUCGAUAUCAGUGCGACUUGGCAUGUAGUAGCGAUCAGAGCGUGUUCGUUGAGGUGGUACCAGAUCCGGAAAAACCAAAAAAUUACACCAAUGUGGAGAAGGUUCGAUUCUACGCCACUCAGACUUGGGGUAAUGCUACGCUGCAGUCUUGCCGAUACGUCUUCUUCCCUUCGGCUAACCGACCAGUUAUCGAUAUCAACUGUAAUGGGUUUUCCGCCGAGCAGUGUGAGCCCGAGGUCUGGAUGGAUGCUAUGGGAAACCCAGCCAAUCAGAUCGCUGAUUUUGAGACCGACGUGGUGCUGUCGAAUGAUGCUGUUGGUAUUCCGGGGAUGAGACCUUUGAAUCCUCAAGCUAUCCCGUGUUCUGAGCCAGCAAGACCGGACGGGUCACCGUGUAGCUGUCAGGAUUGCCCGGCAGCUUGCCCGGCCGGUAUCAAACCGACCAUCCCUCCGAGUCCAAAGCCUAACAUUAUCGCUAACAUCGACGGAAAUAUGUUCAUAGUCAUCAUGGUAUUCUGUGUCUUCACCGUGAUCUUUUUAAUAGGACUGACCGUGUAUCAUAUCUGCAGAUCACCAAGAUCACGUCCCGAGUCUGAAGACGGUGAGAAAUCGGAGAAGAAAUCACCACAAAUCACAGAAGAUGACGUCAGCUGCUUUGAAAGGAUCGGUAAGAUCUACGAUGACGCCUUAAGGCGCUUCUUUACCCGACUUGGUACCUUCGUUGCUACCUACCCACUCUCCGUCUUACUGUUAACCAUAGCCCUAGGCGUUCCUCUAAGCAUUGGCUUCGUCUUCUCGGACAUCACGACCGACCCAGUAGAGCUCUGGUCCGGGCCUGAAAGCCGUGCGCGCACGGAGAAAGUCUACUUCGAGAACAAAUUUGUACCAUUCCAGCGAACGGAGCAACUCAUCAUCACGGCCAACCCGGACAAGUACAGCAAAACACAAUACACGCCUUAUAACUCCGACGAGGCGCUGACAUUCGGUUCUGUCCUGAAUCUGACGGUUCUAGAAAUGAUUUUGGACGUUCAGAAGGGCCUGCAACAAAUGCAGGUCAAUCGAACUGCAGAUGACGGCACUAUUGAGGAAAUAUCACUAGCCGAUAUUUGUUGGGUUCCUGUGACAACGCUCCCCCCUCCUACGACGUGCGCAAUCACCAGCCCUCUACAAUGGUUCCAAAGUAGUUAUGAGACACUGCGCGAGACUGCAGUAUCGGAUGAUGGUAGACCGCAGGACUGGCAUGAUCAUUUCUUGUACUGUACGCGGAAUCCACUGGCUUUAUCAGAUGGCACCAACCUUGACAUAUCUCUAGGAUGUAUAUCUGAGUUCUUAGGUCCUAGUUAUCCAUUUGUUACGCUAGGAGGAUAUGAGACGACAGAGGAAGGGGAGCCCCUGUAUCAUACAGCUGAGGCAGUCUUGGUCACGUAUGCUGUCAACAAUUACCGUGACGACGGAGAAGAUUUGCAGUUCAAGAGGUCGAUACGAUGGGAAGAGGAAGCGAUCAAGUACAUCGAGAAAUACAUGGCCGAGAAUGAUGAUCUGAUCAUCAGAUAUAUGAUGGAGCGUUCUAUUGAGGAUGCUUUGAUCGAGAGCAGCCAAGCCGACAUCGUCACUAUCAUCAUCAGCUACUUAGUCAUCUUUGCUUACAUCGCUGUGGCUCUGGGUGAAUUCAGUACACUCAAGCGCAUCUUUAUUGAUUCCAAGAUCUUAUUAGGUCUGGGCGGUAUCUUUGUGAUUCUGCUGUCUGUCAUGAUGUCACUAGGUAUCUAUGGUUACCUCGGCAUAGCAACCACGCUCAUCAUCAUCGAGGUGGUGCCGUUCUUACUUCUGGCUGUUGGAGCAGACAACGUCUUCAUCCUGGUCUUGGAAUACCAGCGUGACGUCCGGCAGGAUAAGGAGACACGAGAGGAGCAGAUUGGCCGUGUCUUAGGCAAAGUAGCUCCUGGCAUGCUCAUGUGUGGACUAUCCGAAUCCAUCUCAUUCUUCCUCGGUGCUCUGACCGAAAACCCUGCUGUCCAGACUUUUGCUCUGUAUGCUGGCUUGGCCGUUCUGAUCGACUUCCUUCUUCAAAUCACGGCAUUCGUGGCUCUUCUCUCCCUGGAUCUGAGAAGACAAGAGAGUGGUCGUAUGGAUAUUCUCUGCUGUUUCCCUCCAUGUAGUAAAGGAAAAAUUGUGAGACACCCAGGGUUUAUCCAGGUGUUCUUCAAGAAGUUCUACUGCCACUUCCUGCUCAAUAAGUUCGUCAAGCCAGUUGUGUUUUUAGGAUUCAUAGCCGCCUUUCUGAUAUGCACACUACUGACAUUGAAACUGCCAGUUGGUCUAGAACAGGAAAUCCCAGUCCCAGAUAACCACUACCUUCUAGACUACUUUGACUACGUUGAGAAGUACCUAUCCGUCGGACCGCCGAUGUAUUUUGUUGUUAAACAUGACAACCUGGACGUUACAAAGAAAGAAGACCAGGAUCUUUUAUGUGGAAGCUCGGGAUGUGAUCCCAAAUCGCUGGCACAGCAGGUCUUCUAUGCUGCUCAGAUUAAAGAAUACACUCGGGUAUCUACUGCCCCGACGUCAUGGAUCGACGACUAUUUUGAUUGGUUGAAUCCAAGCACAGUGGACACGUCCUGCUGCAGGGUGUUCACGCUCCACCCGCAAGACUUCUGCGACUUCACCAUACUUGAUCCGUGUGAAGUGUGUCUCUCGCUGGAUCAGAAAGGAGUACGACCGGUCGGCAAGACCUUCGAGACCUAUCUACCGUACUUUAUUGAUCAUAAUCCUGGAUUCACCUGUCCAAAAGGAGGACGUUCAGCCUACCACGACGCUUUGCACUUCACAGACGAAACCAAAACCAAACUUGAUGCAAGUUACUUCUUCUCCUUCCACACGGUGCUGACGAGAUCCGAGCAAUUCACGGCAGCCGUUAGAGAGUCGCGAGCAGUAGCGGAACAAAUCAAGAUGGAUAUGAAGAUGAAGAAGCCGGACCUAGGGGAUGAGUUUGACGUCUUCUCCUACAGUUUCUUCUACGUCUACUACGAGCAGUACAUAGACCUGGUUGAGAUCGCAGUCGUCAAUAUCGCCAUAGCGAUGGUGCCCAUCUUUGUUGUCAGUUUCUUCGCCCUCGGCUUCGACGUCAUCUCAGCUUUCUUCAUUCUUAUCAACAUCAUCAUGAUCAUUGUGGACACGCUGGGAGUCAUGUAUCUGUGGGGCGUCGACUUCAAUGCAAUAUCUCUGGUCAAUUUGACAAUGGCGAUCGGUAUGUCAGUGGAAUUUGUGUCCCACACCACACGAACAUUCCGAAUGUCUACGAAAGCCAACAGGAACGAACGGGCCAAGUAUGCGCUGUACCACACUGGAAGUGCUGUCUUGAGUGGAGUAGCUAUGACCAAUCUCCCUGGCACCAUCGUCUUAGUCUUCGCUACCUCUCAACUCUUUGACAUCUUCUACUUCCGUAUGUUCCUAACCAUCACGUUGCUGGGUACGGCCCACGGAAUCAUCUUCCUUCCAGUUCUACUCAGCUACUUUGGUCCGCCAGUCAACAAAGCCCAACUCCUGCACGAACAAGACGAAGAACGCAAGAAACUCCUGGCAAACUCCAGCAAACAGCAGGAGGCCCACAUGUACGACAACGUCGCACUGAGUGCGGAUGAGCUGGACGACAAACCGCCUGCUUACAUGUACACAGUCUCAUACGAGGAGGCAGGGGUCCAGACUAGUCUGGGUCGCAAGAGCAAGAAAGCGAAGAAAGCGAAGGAAGCCCAGGAAAGUGACGAGGAGGAGGAUGGCCCCAAAGUGGAAAUUACAGAUUUGUAAUUAAUUUCGCGAUACAUAAAUUAACAUUACAUUCCCCGUGUUUUUUAGCAAAGUAAUUUUUCUUCUCUAAAUAAAUUUGUAACUUAUAUGUUAUAUAUGACUUGAAGCUUUGCAUGGCGGAUGAGAUCAAUUAUAAAGUUUGUGGGUAACACCAUGUGGAAAGAA